AUGGAUUCCCAACAACACAAGCCGCAUAGACCGUCGAAAACAAAAGAAAAGAAGAAGAAACAGAAUUCAGGAGGCACCAAUCCGAAGGCCUUCGCAGUCGCAAACCCUGGCAAGCUCGCCAGGCAGGCCGCUCGUUCACAUGAUAUCAAAGAGAAGCGCCUUCACGUUCCUCUCGUCGACCGCCUUCCCGAUGAGCCGCCGCCGAGACUCGUCGUGAUCGUCGGCCCUCCGGGUGUCGGCAAGACGACCUUACUCAAAUCCCUGGUCCGUCGGUACACAAAAGAAACCAUGUCCGAUCCCGUGGGCCCCAUCACUGUUGUCACAUCAAAGAAGCAGCGCCUUACGUUCAUCGAGUGUCCGAACGAGCUCGAAGCGAUGAUUGACAUGGCUAAGGUUGCCGAUAUCGUGCUAUUGAUGAUUGACGGUAAUUAUGGCUUCGAAAUGGAGACCAUGGAAUUCCUCAACAUCCUGGCCAAUACCGGUAUGCCGGGCAACGUCUUUGGCAUAUUGACCCAUCUAGAUCUGUUCAAGAAGCCUUCGGCGUUGAAAGAUGCGAAGAAGAGGUUAAAGCACCGUCUAUGGACUGAGUUGUACCAGGGCGCCCAUCUCUUCUACCUGUCCGGUGUUUUGAACGGCCGCUACCCCGAUCGCGAAAUUCACAAUCUAUCGCGCUUCCUGUCCGUUAUGAAGAACCCUCGUCCGCUUGUGUGGAGGAAUACUCACCCGUACACUAUUAUCGACAACUACCGCGAUAUCACCCACCCGACGAAGAUCGAGGAGGACCCGCUAUGCGACAGGACGAUCGAACUGUCUGGGUAUCUUCGCGGCACCAACUUUGCUGCCCAGGGCCAGAGGGUACAUAUUGCUGGUGUGGGCGACUUCACAAUAUCUAAGAUAGAGGAACUGCCGGAUCCAUGCCCGACUCCUGCGAUGGAGAAGGCCAUGGCCAACCUGACUGGCAAGAAGCCGCGGCGCCGUCUGGAUGAAAAGGACAAGAAGCUGUGGGCUCCAAUGGCUGAUCGGAGCGGCAUGAAGAUUUCGGGCGACCAUAUCGUUAUUACCAGGGAGAAGGGCUUCACGUUCGACAAGGACGCGAACGUCGAGCGUGGCGAGGGCGAGCAGCUUAUCGUGGAUCUGCAAGGAGAGAAGAAGUUGCUUGGUCAGACCGACAAGGGCGUCAAGCUGUUCGCCGGUGGUGAGCAGCUUACCCAGAUUCCUGAGGAGGACACGAACGAUACAGGCAGGAAGACUCAUCGGAAAGCCCGGUUCCUUGAGGAUGAUCGUCAGAACGAUGAGAAUGGCGUUCCUGAGGAUGAAGGGUUCGUCAGCGGGGAGGAGAGCAAAGGCUCUGAUGGAUCGGAUAUCGAGGAGGAGUUCGAUGAGAAGAGGCUUGGCAAGAUGUUCCGAGGCGAUGAUGAAGAGACUCAAGACGAGGAUGUAGUCUUUGCGGACACCGACUCCGAGCUUGGUUCCAUCAGCGGCGACGAAGGAGUAGACUCUGAGGAAUCCGGCUCAGACGAGGAAUUUGAUUCCGAAGAGGAAGAGGCUGUACGGUGGAAGGAGAACAUGAUGGAGCGUGCCAGGGCACUUCACGGCAAGCGGAAGCCAUGGCGAGCAAUCGACCUUGCUCGGCUCAUGUACGACACAACUCUCACACCAGCCCAAGCACUUCGGAGAUGGAGGGGGGAAGAUAACGAGAAGGAGGAGGAAGAGGAGGAGGAUAUCGAAAAGGACGAGGACACUUUCUUCCACAAGGCCAAGGAUGAGGAUGAUCUUGAGGAGGAUCGGAUGAUCCCUCACUUUGACUACGAAGAGCUGAAAACCAAGUGGUCGAAUCCCGAGAAUAUCGAUGCCCUCCGACGGACGAGGUUCUCCACAGGCCGCCCGAAGGGCGACGGUGAGGGUGACAGUGAAGGUGAAGGAGAUGGGGAUGAUGAUGAUGAUUUUAAUGGGUUCGAUGAGGACGACGAGGACGAAGGUGAUGGUGCCUUCGAGGACCUCGAAACUGGCGAGAAGCAUGGCCCCAGCAAGGAGAAGAAGGAGGAAGAGGAGAAGCCGGCGAUGAGCUUGGAAGAAGAGCGCGAACGGAAUGCUCGUCGCAAGGAAGAACUCAGGGCACGCUUUGAAGAAGAAGACCGUGAAGGUCUUCUGAAUGAUAAGGCUAUCGCCAGGAGGGAGGGCGGGCUUGAUGAGGAGUUUGGCGAGGACCAGUGGUACGAGAUGCAGAAAGCCAUGCUGCAGAAGCAGCUUGACAUUAACAAGGCCGAGUAUGCCGAGCUUGAUGAGCAUCAGCGCAGGCAGGUAGAAGGUUACCGGGCUGGCAAGUAUGCCAGGUUGGUAAUCGAAGGAGUCCCGGCUGAGUUCUGCAAGAAUUUCCAGCCUCGGAUGCCUAUUCUCGUCGGCGGGCUGUCGGCGACAGAGGACAGGUUUGGGUUCGUCCAGGUCCGGAUUAAGCGGCACAGAUGGCACAAGAAGAUCCUCAAGACAGGCGACCCCCUGAUCUUCUCUUUGGGUUGGAGGAGAUUCCAGACACUGCCCAUUUACUCAAUCUGGGACAACCGGACAAGAAACAGGAUGCUCAAAUAUACACCAGAGCAUAUGCACUGCUUCGGUACCUUUUGGGGCCCUCUCAUCGCCCCCAACACCAGCUUCUGCUGCUUCCAGUCGUUCUCGGCUAGCAACCCAGGUUUCCGGAUUGCAGCGACGGGCACGGUGCUCAGUGUCGACGAGUCUACGGAGAUUGUCAAGAAACUCAAGCUCGUCGGCACGCCGUGGAAAAUCUUCAAGAACACGGCAUUCAUCAAGGACAUGUUCAACUCGUCCUUGGAAAUUGCCAAGUUCGAAGGUGCAGCUAUCAGGACGGUAUCGGGUAUCCGCGGUCAGAUCAAGAGGGCACUGUCCAAGCCUGAAGGCUACUUCCGCGCCACGUUCGAGGACAAGAUCCUGCUCAGCGACAUCGUGAUCCUCAAGGCCUGGUACCCGGUCAAGCCGAAGCAGUUCUAUAACCCAGCAACCAAUCUCAUCGGGUGGCAGAGCAUGCGGCUGACUGGCGAGAUCCGGCGGGCGGAGAACAUUCCGACGCCACAGAACCCUAACAGCACGUAUCGCAAGAUCGAGCGCCCCGAACGCCACUUCAACCCGCUGCGCGUUCCCAAGAACCUGGCGGCCGAACUGCCGUUCAAGUCGCAGAUUGUGCAGACCAAGCCGCAGAAGAAGGAGACGUACAUGCAGAAGCGCGCGGUGGUUGUGGGCCGCGAGGAGCGCAAGCUGCGCGAUCUUAUGCAGAAGCUCACCACAAUUCGCAAAGAGAAGAUCGCGAAGCGCAAAGCAAAGAAGGAGGCGCAGAGGGAGAAGCUUAAGAAGGAGUUGGCUGAGAUUGAGGAAAGGAGGAGGGAGAAGCAGAAGAAGGAGAAGAAGGAGUUUUGGGAGAGGGAGGGCAAGAAGAGGAAGGCGAGCGAGGAAUGGGGCGGUGGUGGGAAGAGGAGGAAGUGA